AGGGCGAGAAAGAAACAACGGAGAAUAUUAUAGUAUUAGGGUCCGCGCUUUCGUUAAUCUAUCGCUCGCAUUUUAGGGUUGCGAUUCCAUUUAUUUGCAAAUUAUUUUUCGAGUCUCCAUUUACACUUCAGAAGGAUCUGAAAAGUUGCCGGAAAAUGGUGAGAGGAUUGUUGGGAAAACUCGCUGGUCGCUCGCUCUCCGUAGCCGGGAAAUGGCAGCAACAACAGCUUCGCCGGCUCAACAUCCACGAGUAUCAGGGAGCGGACUUGAUGAGCAAACAUGGAAUCAAUGUUCCAAAAGGCGUGGCAGCUGGGUCUAUUGAUGAAGUAAAAAAGGCAAUUCGUGAUGUGUUCCCCAACCAGAGUGAGGUGGUGGUGAAGUCCCAGGUCCUUGCCGGUGGCCGAGGCUUGGGAACAUUCAAGAAUGGUUUCCAGGGUGGAGUUCACAUUGUGAAGACUGACCAGGCUGUAGAUGUAGCUGGGAAAAUGCUAGGCCAGAUACUUGUCACCAAGCAAACUGGGCCCCAAGGAAAAAUUGUUAGCAAGGUUUACUUGUGUGAAAAGUUGUCCCUUGUGAAUGAGAUGUACUUUGCCAUCACUCUUGAUCGUAAAAGUGCUGGUCCUCUUAUUAUUGCCUGUAAAAAGGGAGGAACCAGUAUUGAAGAUCUUGCUGAGAAACAUCCGGAGUUGAUCAUUAAGGUACCUAUUGAUGUUUUCACAGGAAUCACUGAUGAGGAUGCUGCCAAGGUGGUUGAUGGUUUGUCUCCCAAGGUGGCUGACAGAAAUGCUUCAAUUGAACAAGUGAAGAAGUUAUACGAUCUUUUCUGCAAAUGUGACUGCACAAUGUUGGAAAUCAAUCCCAUAGCCGAGACUUCUGAUAAACAGUUGGUAGCUGCCGAUGCGAAACUGAACUUUGAUGAUAAUGCUGCCUUCCGUCAGAAAGAAAUAUUUGCACUUCGAGAUCCAACACAAGAGGAUCCUCGUGAGGUUGCUGCAGCAAAAGCUGACCUGAACUACAUUGGUUUAGAUGGAGAAAUUGGUUGUAUGGUUAAUGGUGCUGGAUUGGCUAUGGCUACCAUGGAUAUUAUUAAGCUACAUGGAGGAACUCCUGCUAAUUUUCUUGAUGUUGGUGGAAAUGCUUCUGAAAACCAGGUUGUGGAGGCUUUCAAUAUUUUGACAUCAGAUGAGAAGGUGAAGGCUAUAUUGGUAAACAUUUUUGGAGGAAUAAUGAAGUGUGAUGUAAUAGCCAGUGGAAUUGUCAAUGCUGCUAAACAGGUUCAACUAAAAGUUCCUGUAGUUGUUCGUCUUGAAGGAACCAAUGUUGACCAGGGAAAGAGAAUUCUGAAGGAAAGUGGCAUGAAGUUAAUUACUGCUGAAGAUCUGGACGAUGCAGCUGAGAAAGCGGUUAAAGCAUCGGCAAGUUAAGAGAAUCUCGUUGUCUAUGUUUCUCUAAAUUGUUUGAGCAUACUAUUUUUUCUCUAUGGUUUUUUGAGGUUAAAUCUUAUGUAUACUUAUUCAUCAUCUUGAGAAGGCAUUCAACCAAAAACAAAUCUGUUGUCUCCAUUGAUGUCUGGCGAAGCUUUUAAUCAAUCUCGAUUGUAAUAAAGGAAGUGAACAUUAAGUUUUUCUUUAUUCGAGUUUUUAGUAUUAUCAGUUAACCUGUGAGUUCUACGUGUUGUUCAGUCCUGAUCCUUAAUAUCAAAUUAUAUCAUUUUUCUCUCA